UUUGGAGAGAUUCGCCUCCUGACCACGGCGUUUUCAGAGACGGACACAUCUCAGCGACUCCAUCACUAUGUUAUCCACCGGAAGGUUGGGCCAUACUCUGCGGGUCUCGGAGCUUUGCACACGGACUCUGUUGGUGGCUGCGGUCGGUGUAGAACUCCGGCCUAGUGCCUCCCAAGUCAAGUUUGUAUGGAGGAGCCUAAACGUGUCAGCUGCGGCCGAAACGAACUCUCUGAAAGGCAUCGAUGAUCUCCCGGGUCCCAGCAUUUCCAACGAUCUGUACAUGCUACUUUUCAAGGGAUAUCUGAACAAGAUUCACCUGCUCCAGAGCGUAUAUAAGAACCUGUAUGGACCAAUUUGGCGAUCAAAGGUUGGUUCUUACAUGAUGAUCAACGUGGCAAGCCCAGCGCUUAUUGCUCAGGUGCUCCAACAAGAGGGUCGCUACCCAGUCCGAUUUGAAAUGAAGCACUGGAGAGACUACAGGGAAAUGAGAGGUCAGGCCUUGGGUCUGCAUGCCAGUGAUGCAACAGAUUGGCACCAGCUGCGCCGUACUCUGAAUCCUGGUUUGCUGAAGCAGAAAGAAGUCGCAGCUUUCGCUCCCACUGUUCACCAGGUGGUUGGAGAUCUGCUAAAACGCAUCGAGUUCCUCCGCAGUUGCAGUCAGGACCAGGCUACGGUUUCAAAUAUUGCAUCUGAGCUGUACAAGUUUGGCUUUGAGGCUACUUCUGCUAUCUUAUUUGAGACCAGAUUGGGCUGCUUGGAGCAGAACAUUCCCAAAGACACGAUGCGAUUCAUCACGGCUGUCAACGACAUGCUAACUCUGUCUCAGCUCAUUGUUCUAUUCCCACGCUGGAGCUGGAGCGUCCUUCCCAUUUGGAAGCGUUUUGUAAAGGCUUGGGAUGACCUUUAUGAUGUGGCUGAAAAGCUAAUUGACAGGAGAGUUGCUGAGAUUGUAAACCAAGUCCAAAGGGGUGAGCCCACAGAGAGUAUGUACCUGACUAAACUACUGUCCUCGGACCAAAUGAGCAGAGCCGAUGUCAACGUCACUGUCACAGAACUGCUGCUUGGAGGAGUCGACACGACGUCCAACACCUUGACAUGGGCCUUGUACCAUUUGUCGAGGGACCACAGGGUUCAGAAUCAACUGUACAUGGAGGUGAGUUCAGUGUGUCCUGACAGACAGGUGCCGGCUACAGAUGACCUGAGCAAAAUGCCGUACCUAAAGGCAGUGAUUAAAGAGACACUACGCCUGUAUCCUGUGGUACCCGGAAACGCACGCCUGAUUACAGAGAAUGAUGUGAUUGUGGACAAAUACUGGUUCCCAAAAAAGACUUUGUUCCACUUGUGCCAUUAUGCCAUUUCACAUGACGAGACUGUGUUCACUGAUGCAGAGAGUUUCGUACCAGAGCGUUGGCUCCGUACUAAGACGCCCCUCAUGGCUGCAGGAACAUACGGGCCUGACUCCUGCAAACACCAACCUUACAGUUUUAUCCCAUUCGGCGUGGGGCUGCGAGGAUGUGUGGGGAAGAGGCUGGCUGAGAUGGAGUUGUACUUUACUCUUUCCAGGCUAAUGCAGCUCUACACUGUAAUUCCUGAGGAUGCUACGACCACAAUUAACCCUAUAACUCGAACCCUGCUCGUUCCCGAAGAGCCCGUCAACCUGCGUUUCCAGCUCAGAGACCCAGGAGCAAGUGUCUAGCAGAGGACAUGAAGACAUGGUGAGCUUGUCAGAUGGCCACUCACUGUAUAUACUUGUGUAUUAACUUGUUUAAAAAAUAAUUAUAUUCUUUUAGUUCGUGUUGAGGUAGGGAGUGUAAAUAAAAAAGACUCACUGACUUUCACAAAAAAUACUUAUUAUUUAUAUGAAAAUCUCUUGGCCAUUCAUCACUAAUUCAUCAUAUAAUUACAUAUAUGGGAACUUGUGAAGUGCAGGAUUAGCGUAGCUCAGCUGUGUCAGAGAAAAUGUAUUGUUAAUGUGAUUUAUUGAGGAAAAAUAUUUUUACAUAAUAUGGUUUAACACAGAGAUCAUCAGUUUUUUAGUAGAAAAUUAUAUAUUUAAUAUUAAUAUUAAUAACAAAUUAAUUAAUUCAGGGAGAAGGAAUACAUUUACAUUUUUAAAAGUUUUUACAUUCUUUUCCCCCAACUUUUUACUGUCUUUCAAGGGUUUUAUAUUUUUUGCAAGUGAAAAAAUAUACUUUAAUAUUACCUUUUGAAACAAAAUGAAUAUGUUUUAGCUGCAUCUGCAUGUGUCAUCGCAUUGUCAGUUUGUCAGUGACUGAAUUGCAGUCCCACAUCAGAACUGUAUCUCCACCAGCAUUUACCAAUUUAAUAAACAUAAAUACCUUACUUUUUUUUUUUUUUUUUUGCUGUGCUUUAACGACUUUUUUGUCUCAACAAGGCCACAAUGCGUUCAUACCUGUUGGACUGUUACUAUUUUUUAGGUUCUUUCUUUUACCUAAAUAAAUAAAUGUUAUUCAGAAAACAUUUAUUUUCUGAAUAUUUUAAAUGAUUGCCAGUAGUCUUUGGUUAAUGAAAAUGUAACUUGUUAAUAAAUCUUGUGCAUAUUUAAUAUUGUUCUUAUUACAUAAUAGUUCUUUAUGUUAAUGUGAAGGGUUUUCAGUCAGCCAAACACAUUAUUUAGCAAAAUAUAUUUUUAAAAGAAUGCAUCAAUUCUUUUUUGUGUGCAAAGAUGGUGCCUCUCCCUCCCUGCAGGGGGUGCUUUAAACACUGAAUAUUCAAUACUGAGAUUCAUGAGUUAAGCAGCUGGUACUGUAAUAUUACUUCCUUUACAAAUACAUUCUGAAACUCUUUAAAACAUUUCAUCCACAAAUACAACAUUCAAACAGGUAUUCAGAAUCAUUAUCUACGGUGUUUGUUCUCUUGGGGUCCAGUUCUAGUACUGCCACCUACAGACUCUGCUUUGCACCUGUAAAUGUUUUCACCAAAAUGCCCUGAUCACUUGUGAAAUAAAUAAAACUGGGAGAAGUACAGAUUAACACUAGCAUCCCUGCAGAUUAUCACACCACAGUAUACUUCCUGUGUUUCUUUAGGGUGGACUGAGGACAUGAAGAUUCUGUGUUCGUUUUGUUUUUCCCCCUGCAUGCUGCACCUUAAUAACUAAUCCCAAGGGUAUGAAAGGAUGGUAUAAGGUCAUGGGCUUAAAAAGAGCAAUUUAAAUAUCAGCCUCUAGGAGCCGCUGUGGGUGCUUCUGUAUUUUGGCCGCUUCAUCAGGUUGGUGAGUAAAUGUGUGGCUGGCUUGAACAAGCCACGACUCCACCAUCUUCACCCACACUCACCGUGUUCAUAUGACUCUCUCCUCCCUCCGUCUCUGGUCCAGCCCUUCUUUCAGAUCGCAGCCUGGAUGAUCCAGCAGAUUACCACACAUAGUGACGGACUAACGGGUUCAUUUGAAGGUUUUAGAGCUAGGCAUUUGUAGCCGUACAGCCCUCCUCCUGCUGGCGGUUGCUGUCAUUGCAGGCUGCCGGCAGACACGGAACUCCAGCAGCACAGACGCCGGGCCAGGUCUGAGAGCAGAGCGGGGUAAAAUACAGCUUGAUGUCGGGCCUGGAGACCGUUUUUCCGCCGUCAUGUGAAGAAGGACGAGACGUAGCAUCGACCUGAUGGUGGUGAUGGUUGUGUUGGAGGUAAACCUACUCAGCUGGGCAGUGCCCAGUAGCCUCCUCUGUUGUUUAUCUCCAACCUAGCCACCUCUGCUCCUCCAUCAGUCGUCUUCGUUGCUGCUCUCCGUCCUGUCCUGUCCUCUCUCGUUUCCUGUUCAC